AUGAUUCCUACUUGCGAAUCGCUUGCUGGAAAGAGAAAAGCCUUACAUUCUCUAUUUAUACAGAGUUUGGAGAAUGAUGAAAGCAUUAACGAUAAAGUUAUCAAUGAGUUUUUAAGCUACGAAGAUAUGAUUCGUAGCUUCCAGAAAGUUAUUGAGCUGAAAUACAAUGUGAAAAUACGAUAUGAACCGCAAUUCACCAUUGUUGGGACUCCUUGCGGGAUCGAGAAGGAUGAUUCUCUGUGGAUAGAUGAAAUGAAUGAACUUUUAAAGAACAUUGACUUCAGAAAAGAGUUUACGCAGAAAUACGAGGUGUCUUUGAUAGAAUCCAGACUAAUGCUUAAGGACUUGCUAAAGGAAAAGUUAGAGGCCAAACUUCAGGAGCGUAGAGGAAGCACAAGCUCAAUGGAUGAUGACUUGAACAGAUCAGAGGUUAUAAACACAACGGAUUCAAAAGACAUGCUGCUUCCGAAUGCUGCUUCAAAUAUCAAGGGAAAAACUUUACAAGUUAACAAGAAGAUUACUUCGAACUUGCUACGAACAAACCAAAUAUUACGCAGCAGCGUUUUGCAGAGUGAAUUGAACCUAGAUGAAUUGACACAGCAAACCGACACGUUAAUGCUAGUCAAUGACAAGUUCGACAGGUUCAAGGCCAUGUCACAGGCAUCACUGAAAUUGAUCAAGGCCAUUAACAGUAGUAGCUAUCAAGAAAAAAGAAAAGUAUAUGCCGCCAUUACCUUUUUCUGCUGUUGCAUAUUAUGGGUUCUUUGGAGGAGAAUAUUCAAGUACCCAGUCAAACUAGUAUUUUGGUUAUGCUUCAGAAUUUUCAAGUCAAUGCUCUACACAGUUGGUCUAGUUAAAAACUCUGCUUCAUUCGGUAAUGCAACAGACAACUAUGAUCACGAUUCUUAUGAUAUUUAUUCGAACACAGCUACAGCUUUGACAGCUACUUUAGAAACGCUCAUAGCGAACGCAUCUGAAUCCUCCUCAACGACUCUGGAUUUGGAAAAUGCAAUUAGUAGCAGUUUCGACAAACUGAUGGACGAGUUGUAG